AUGGCCUCGGGCGCGGGGUCCUGGGCGCGUCGCCGAGGAUGCAGCGGCAACGGGGACCGGGCGCUGACGGCGGCCCCCUGGCCCCCGCCCCCGGCCGCCCCCGCCUCCCUGGUGCUGGCCGACGCUGCCGGCUCCUUUGCACGGAUGCGGAGACCUCCGGCGAGCCUUGGGCCAAGCCCCAAACGCAACUUCGAUCCCAGGCUCCAGCAAGACACAGCCCACACAGCCGUCAUCAGCCCCCAGGACCCCACGCUCCUCAUCGGCUCCUCCCUGCAGGCCACCUGCUCUGUGCUGGGGGACCCCCCACGGGCCACGGCUGACAGCCUCUACUGGACCCUGAAUGGGCGCCGUCUGCCUGCCGACCUGUCCCGAGUUCUCAACGCCUCCACCCUGGCACUGGUCCUGGCCAACCUCAAUGGGUCCAGGCAGCAGUCAGGAGACAACCUGGUGUGCCACGCCCAUGAUGGCAGCAUCCUAGCUGGCUCCUGCCUCUAUGUCGGCCUGACCACAGACCCCCCUCAAGAUGUGCAUGUGAGCCGAGUUGGGGGCCUGGAGGACCAGCUCAGUGUCCGCUGGGUCUCGCCACCUGCCCUCAAGGACUUCCUGUUCCAAGCCAAGUACCAGAUCAGAUACCGAGUGGAGGAUAGCGUGGACUGGAAGGUGGUGGAUGACGUCAGCAACCAGACCUCCUGUCGCCUGGCGGGCCUGAAGCCGGGCACCGUGUACUUCGUGCAAGUCCGCUGCAACCCCUUCGGCAUCUACGGCUCCAAGAAGGCUGGGAUCUGGAGCGAGUGGAGCCACCCCACGGCUGCGUCCACCCCCCGAAGUGGUGAGCACCCCACUCCCAUUAGGCCAGGGUGGUCUGGGGAGCAGUCCCAACUCAAGCAGUUCCUGGGCUGGCUCAAGAAGCACGCGUACUGCUCGAACCUCAGCUUCCGCCUCUACGAUCAGUGGCGCGCCUGGAUGCAGAAGUCGCACAAGACCCGCAACCAGGACGAGGGGAUCCUGCCCUCGGGCAGACGGGGCGCGGCGAGAGGUCCUGCCAGAUAAACUCUAGGGUCCUGGCACUGCCAUCCCACCCAAGAUCCUGGGGGGCCAGGAACAUCCAUUUUAGGAGCUCUGACAGCCACAACAGCUCAGCCUCUCUGGAGGCCACCAGUGGGGGUGCCCCAGUACGAGGGGUAUACAGCCCAGGCAGAUAGCCUGAAACUGCCAGGGCUAGGGUGAGGCGGGGUCAUGACUCCCCUCGACCCAGGACCCCGCCAGAGUCCUUCAAAAUAAAUGAAUUAUUUAGAUGCUAA